UGUUUGGGUCUGUUGUUCUGGUCUUGUGACCAUAAGGAAACACAACCAUUUCAGAUGGGAUUUUUUUAUAUGAAUGUGUAAUGCUAGUGCAACUAGUUGUAUAUUCUGGAAACUAGCUGCUUUUAAGAAAUCCUAAUAAUGCUAUAAAACAACUGCUUGAAAAAUAGUGAACAUUCGCAAGAAAGAUGACAUCUUCAUUUGUGAUUGGCUGCAAAUUUCGUGAGAGGGUAAAUGAGUUGAUGACUACGGAUACUUCCUUUCCCCUGGAAUUAAAAGAAGAAUUGGAGAAGAUUUUGGGAAAGGAUGAACCAUCGAUUCUAUCUUUCAGAAUCGCAAGGAAGUUACAAAAACAUCUACAGAAAAGCGGGUACCCCGUGUACCUUCAUCAGUUGUUGGAAGACGGUUCGAUUUACCUACCUCCAGUUGAAAAGCCCCCAAGAAAUCCCCAGCUGGUAGCUCGUCUAGAGCGGAUUAAAGCGAAACUGGCGAACGAAGAAUACAUGAGGAUAACCAGAAAUGUGAACGCUCAGGAACUGAAUCGCCUUGGGACAAUGGCUGACUUUGGGAGACAAGUACGCUCAGUCAAAGCCGCUGUUGUCACGGUCUUCAAUUUCCUCGUGACAGUUGUGGCAACAUUCGCUUGCUCAUACAUGGGCAGUCAAUAUCUCUUCACUGAGACGACAGCGAGGGUGAUUUCUGCAGUGAUCGCAGCCUCUGUUGUGGGUCUUGCAGAGCUGUACGUUCUGGUCAGAACCAUGGAGGGGGAAUUGGGGGAGCCGUAGCAACCAUAACCUGCACAGACCUCUGCCAGGCUUAUCAUAGGGAAACAAACUCCAAUUCAAGAUCACCACUAAGGAAACCAACCCCAAUUCAGACCCAUCGCCCAGGAAAUCAACCCAAAUUCAGACCCAUCACCCAGGAAACCAAUCCCAGUUUGGAUGCAAAGCAGGGAAGUCCGCCCUCAAAUCAGCACAUCGCAAAAUACUGGAAUCUUUAAAGCGAUGUCUUCAGUCAGUGUUUCUGUUAAUAGAUGUGUAAAAUCUUUUUAGGAGUAUGUAUCACACAUGUGCACAUGACUGGAAAGGCUGCUGUUAAAUGAAUCAUAAAAUAUUUAAUGUGUUCCUCUUGUUGCUACUGCCAUUCAGUGCUGUCGUCUGCCCCAGUCUAAUUAUUAAAGUCUUGUUUCGUACUGUUUUAUGUUUGACAUUCAUUUCAGUGGUAUUCCCAUUAUUGACUAUGGCAAUAUUAAAGUCAGAUUUCCUAGCACUAUGUUAAGAAUGUGACAGUAUGGUAGAGUUGAUAGAGCUAGACCUGAGUAACCAGUUUCUUAAUGUUGCACCUUUCAGCACAGUACCCUGGAUAACUUCUGUAAUUAUCCAGCUGUAUACAUUGAGAAUCCAUGUAGAAAUGUCAAGAUGUGGUUUUCAAAGCAAAUAAACAACGUGUUUUGUAAAAACUACCCUUCAAAACUUCA